UUUUAAGAAUUAUUAUAAGAGAAAAUAUGUUCGUUAUAUAUUGAAACUCUUUGAAGAAAGCAAAGAUAUCAAUAAAGAGAAAAUCAAUAUUAAGGAUGUGAUUAAUUAUGUAUCUGAAGCAUGGAGCCACGUAACCAAAAAUAUGAUUUGGAAUUGUUGGAGAAAAACCGGAAUAUUACCCACUUUAAUUAAUGAAGAAAUGAAUAAUGCAAUACAAAUUCAACAAGAAGUAAGAGAACACGAAAUAGCAGAUAUUAAUCAAAUAGUUGAAGAUUUAAAUAAAACUGAUUCUUAUGUUGCUCCGCUGGAGGAAAUGGAAGAAGUUGAUAAAAAUGAUGAAUCUGAAGAGGAACCAAUACUUAUUUCUUUUGGGGAUGCAGUAAAAUCCUUAACAAAUUGGAUUACCUUUUUCGAACAACAGCAAUCGAAUGAAUUCAAAACAGAGAACAUAGAUGUUUUUAAAAAAUAUUUGUCUUUAACUCAGCAACUUGAACGAAAGUCUUGA